AGGGAAAGACGUUUACUGUAAACGCAUGUGUGAGCAAUAAUUAAGCGUUUAUUAUGCGGGUCUCUCCGUCGCACUGAGGUGUGGUAACGUUAUAGCUAACCGGUGCGGGCGGCUCGCUUGCUCUUGAUGUCAUCUGAGCUUUGGCCAGAACAGGUUGGUGGACCUGGGUUUGGAUGAAACAGUACGGUCACGGGGAUUAUUAUUAUUCUAGCCAGAGGGGCAGAGGUUUAAUACUUCCUGGAUUAUAAUUGUCGUAAUCGGAACGGGCUAUAGUAGAGCAACGGGCUGCUGAUAUUGUGCGCCCGUUUAAACGCUUCAUUUAAAUACACUACUGCGGAACUUUUGACUAGUGAACGAGGCUAUAUUAGAGGUUUUGAUUUACCUUAAUCCACUCAUCCUCAAAGUGGUCUUUUCUGAAGAAGCAAGCGUGUUAGAGAGGUAGCCUACGAUGCAGUGCCCAACACAGCUCUGAUUAUCGAGAACAAAUUUGGCCCGUUUUCACCGCUGUUUCAUAUGGGCGAAGCAAGAACUCGGUUCCCUUCAUGUUGGACAUGGGCUCGCUGUCAAGAUAACGGGGUGUCCGAUCCAGAGCGGGAGAAACGAUGGGCAGAACUGUUCGAUCAGCUGGAUCUGAAUAAAGAUGGGAGGAUCGACGUGAAUGAACUGCGCACCGGAUUAACCGCACGGGGGAUCCUUCGCGGUGAGGUGGUGGACGAGAUUGUACGUGUGAGUGACACCAAUCAUGACGGCCAGCUGGACAUUGAGGAGUUCACACAGUAUCUGCGCACACACGAGAAAGAGCUCCGACUAAUGUUCCACAACCUGGACCGCAACAACGAUGGUCACAUAGAUGUUGCAGAAAUUGAACUCUCCUUGCACAGCCUUGGAGUGAAUGUGUCCACAGAGCAGGCCUCCAGAAUCCUGCAAAGCAUAGACAGGGACGGCACUAUGACCAUUGACUGGAAUGAGUGGCGAGACCACUUCCUGUUUAACCCCUUGCACAACAUGGAGGACAUUGCCCACUACUGGAAACACUCUCUGAUGUUGGACAUCGGAGAACAACUAACUGUGCCAGAUGAGUUUUCAGAGAAGGAGCGAUGUUCAGGUGUGGUGUGGAGACAGUUGGUGGCCGGGGCAAUGGCAGGAGCCGUUUCGCGAACAGGAACUGCUCCUCUGGAUCGUCUUAAAGUUUUCCUUCAGGUCCAUGGCUCAAGUGGUGUGAGUUUGUUGGGUGGCUUGCGUGGAAUGGUGCAGGAGGGAGGACUGAAGUCCCUUUGGAGAGGCAAUGGCAUCAACGUCCUCAAAAUUGCCCCGGAGUCAGCUAUCAAAUUCAUGGCUUAUGAGCAGAUCAAAUGGCUGAUCAGAGGCAGUAGGGAAGGUGGCUCUCUAAGGGUUCAAGAACGUUUCAUUGCUGGCUCACUGGCUGGAGCUACUGCUCAAACCAUCAUCUAUCCCAUGGAGGUGCUGAAGACACGUCUGACCCUCCGAAAGACAGGACAAUAUUCUGGCAUGGCAGACUGUGCUAAACAGAUACUGCAUAAAGAAGGAGUGCGAGCAUUCUACAAAGGCUAUGUGCCAAACACACUUGGCAUCAUCCCUUAUGCUGGCAUUGAUCUGGCUGUCUAUGAGACUCUAAAGAAUGCUUGGCUACAGCGGUACUGCAUGGGCUCGGCUGAUCCUGGGGUUUUGGUGCUGCUCGCAUGCGGCACUGUGUCCAGCACAUGUGGGCAACUGGCUAGUUACCCGCUGGCUUUAAUUCGCACACGCAUGCAGGCUCAGGCCUCAACAGAUGGUGUUCCACAGCUAUCAAUGGUUGGCCAGUUCAAGCACAUUGUGUCCCACGAAGGCGUUUCUGGGCUUUACCGUGGCAUUGCCCCCAAUUUCCUCAAAGUCAUUCCUGCUGUUAGCAUCUCUUAUGUGGUUUAUGAGCAUAUGAAGAAAGCACUGGGAGUGGGGGCCUAAGCCAGAAUCAGAGUGACGAAGAAAGAUAGAACCUGUAUUUUAAAAAAGGAGCAUUAGUAGGGCACAGAGGACCCCUGGAGAAUAGGAUAAAGAAGACAUAGUCAAUAAAUGACCUAAAAACCUACUCUACAUCAUACACAAUUACAUUCCCAUUGCAAUUUAUACUUCAAUAGGAUGAAAAUACAGUUUUGUGGAGAGGCAAUCAUUAAGAACAAUGGUUGUGUUUAGAGUUUCUCUUUGACUGGCAGCUUGUAGAUCUCAGGUUUAUUGUGCACUAUAAACAGCUUCUUAUCUUCAGAGGUGAACACCAUACUUCAUUUUACAUGGAAUUUCAUUGGCGUAAUUAUAAAUGAAGGGUAAGAAACGAAUAGGUAAUGACAUCUAAUGACAGAGAAUGAUGGUGAAAUAGUAGGCCUAUUGCAGUAUUAUAUUUUUCUAAAUGACAACCAAAGUUUCCCUCCUGAAAUUGACCAAAAUAUUGAAGGUGUUUUAAUGUACACUGGGGAAUGGAAUAUUUGAAUUAGUCUCUACUGACUGAUCUUUCAUAACAUUUACGAAUGAGUUAUAAAUUGUAAAGCAUGUUUCUGCAGGGAUUUACAUUAUUGUAUAACUUUUUGUAUUUUUGUAAAGGUCAGUGAGAGUUAAGUAUGUCAUAUGCUACAAUUGAAUGAUCAAGAAUUUGCACUCUUCAAAUGAUUGUGGAAUUAUUUAUAUCUUAAACUGAAUCAUGAUGUUCUUUUAUGACACUCUGCUGCUUUGCUUUUUAACUUUUUUUGUACAAAACUUUCUGAUAUUUCAGACCUUGUUGUAUAGAGUAAAAUACAGGAUUUAGUGUUGCCUUGAACAACUUGCAAAUGGUGCAACAACAAGGGCAUUGGAUGAGAUGGGGACAGCCAGGGCCGUUUCUAGAGGGGAGAAAGGUACAACAACCUGCACUGGGGCCCCGAAGACCCUAGCUGGAUGGGGAGUUUAGCAGUAAAGUUGUGCAUUAGAUUUGGAUGCUUUGUGUUUAUUAAUGAAUGUGUUAUGGUGAAUGAUAAAAAAUGUGGCUCAAAAUAGUAUUAAUCUGUUCACAAAGGGCUUUUGGUAGUGCAUGAUGUCAGUGUCACAAGUUGCAUGUUUUACGUGUUUUAAGAGCUCUGAUUGUCCAUACCAAAACAUGCAAAGCACUGUUAGGCCUAUAUUUAAAACUGACAAGAAAUGCAUGUUUAUUUAACAUAAAACAUGACUGCUGUUACCAGACUCUAAAUCAGAAACACAUUAAGUACUGGAUGCUACUAGAUUACACGACUAAACAACAAAAAAAGUCAUUUGCUUGGUUCUGUAAACUAAAGAAUGAACUAAUUACAAUUUUUGUAUCACAUCUCAUUUUAUAGACUAUUGGGUAUUCAGUCCUACUCCUGAAGGUCCUUUGGGCCAGUUGCAUAAACUGCUAAGACUAAUCUUACAAGUUAGUCAUCAAUUUUUUUCUUAAAGAUCAUUCAUACCUUUUUUAAGUCAGUUACAUGAAAAUGUAUGUAUGAUACUCAAGAGUACAACUGACUGUCCCUUGAUUAACUGCAAGUGGUUCAUUCUUGAUCUUAUAAGACACUGUUUUAACUGGUUUAGCUGCAUCUAAGCUGAAUCACAAUAUUCCCAUGCCUGCCUUUUUACUUUUUUUAAUAUAACAUAAGGGUUUAGGGAUAAAUACUGUUUGAAUGUAGUAUUUUGAGAAAUACAUUUAUAACUUAUCUUAGAAAAUAAUUACCUCUGGAAACUUUUUUUUUUUUGCUUUUAUGCAUUGCAUUGAGAGUAGUGUGCCUUGACAUGCUGUGUUCACUUUAAAAUAAUGUGCAUGCGGUGUAGCCAGUCUGGCAACAAUUCCCUGCAUAAGUAAGAAUAAAUACAAUUGAGAGGUUAUUUAAUAUAUAUUACAGUACAAAAUAAAACGUUUUACUCAAA